UAAGUAAUUUAAUAUUUUUCUCGAGAAUAUCAUAAAUCACCGAAAAAAUAUAAAUAAAUGAAUAUAUAUAUAUACUUAUCAUGUUACCAAUUAUCAAUGUAUAUAACAGCAUUAAGGUUAUAGAAUUAAUGAGCGAGAAAUUAAACAAAAGAUAUAUAUAUAUAUAUAAUAAAGAAUAUAAAUAAAUAUAUUGAAAGAUGACUUUAAAAAUAGACAAAUUAUUGAAAAAAUAUACACAUUUAAUGUAAAAAUAUUAAAAUUGUAAAUAUAUUUUUAAUGUUAUCGAGCAAAUGCUUAAAUUAGCAACAAAUUAUCAUUAAUGAUUGAUUUUAAAAAUAUUUGCCAUUCCGCAUCGUGCACAAAGAUUAAUUAUUGUUAAUUUAAACUCUGCGACAAAUGUUAAAAGGGCGUAGAAAAUUCUUUUUAAGUUAAAAAUAAAUUUUUUAAUCCUUUGGCACAAAACGCUGCUGUAAAUCCGCUCCUUCGGCAUUUGUCGCACUAAAUACCUAGCAAUUGUUGACAAACGCAAUGUACCGAUUGAGAUUAAGGUAAUUUUUAAUUAUGCAUUCACAUUAUUUUAUUUUAUAUAGGUCAAUAAACAAUUCAAACACCAACAAGCCUUUUGUCUAUUAUUAACCUUAUCUUAAUUAACCAUUGCGCAAUCCCACAUCGAAGCGGCCAUCUUAUCAUGCAAACCGAUAAGCGCUUAAUUGCUAUUUAAUGACGUUAUUUCGCAAUACGAUAAAAAAUUUUAGCUUUAAUUAGUAAAAAUUUUUAAUGAUUUUAUUAAGAAAGCUAUUAGGAACGUUAUUUAAUGUGUUUUUUUCGUUAAAGUACUUUUUAUUCGUAGUCAAGGUUAUUUACUACGUGUCACGGAGGAUUUUUUUUGGCAAUGAACUUUUGGGUGGUAACAAUUCGGUAUAUAAACCCCUGAUUUUCUCAUCUGGAUGUAGUUUGAUUUUUAAAUUGACGACAUGAUAUUUGUUAAAGCGCUUAUCUUCGCAACAUUCUGCGUGGCGGCCUCUCUCCAACAGGCUCCAGAGACUGAAUCGGCAAUAUCAGCCUGCCCAGGUCAGCCUAAGCCAGCAAAUCUGUUCAUUGAUAAUUGCGGAACAAAGUGCAUGCUCUACGAAGACUCUAAAGCAACAGCUCGGUGGCAAUUUCAAACGAAACAAUACACCACUUUACUGAGACCUAAAGUCCGGUUGACAGUUCCCUGGAGAGGUAAAAAAAGAGUUUACUUCAUCUCAGAAGAUAUACUGGCGACUUCGCUGGCUCUGGAUCGGAGUUUGCCAAUGCAAGCCGGCGCAAUUGGAACAGUCAUGUUCGACAUGAUGGUUCCUAAGGAGACUUGGACCUUCAUACCCUUCGAAUGCACGAUUGAGUUAGUUGAUCAGUCUAAUAACACUCUUUCUUGCUUCAAUGCAUGGUCAGAAAUAAGAAAUAAAUUGUAAUUGUAAUUUUAGAUUAAAAAUGUGAAACACUAAUGUGCUGAUAUAAAAAU